CCACGGCUUCCCGUUAUAGCAGCAUUUCAUCCUCCUUGAUAAGAAAUUGUCCGGUACUGGACACAGCCACAGCGUGAAUGAAAAGGAAGGCGAACGUUUCUUUAGAGAUGAAGAGAACAACGCAAGCCAUUUGAAGGUUUGGGCGACUAACCCAGCUGGGUUUGUCGGGAAAAUUAAUCCUUCAUCUGGAGGAGAGAAGGACGACUGCUCGAGCCGAGCAUCAUUGUAAAAGCCUCCUCCAAGACAACGCUCGAAAAACAAGGAAUAUCUUUGAAGAAUUUAGAUAAAUAGCCUUUUAUAACCCCGAAACUUACGGGUUACUCUUUUGAAAGAAUUAUUUGCGGUUGAAAUAAUCGUUACGCAUCACUUACGUGAUCCCCACAAGGCGAACAGACAGCGCUGUGAUAACGCAGGCGUUUACCUGCUAUUUAUUACAGUAAUACUGAAGUCUGACGAUACCUUGUUGUGUUUUAGUAUUAUUUUAGGGUUGUCCGUUUAAUAGUUUGACUAUAAAUGAAACCGAACUGUAACCUUGCUUACAUUCAUGGUAAAGACUACAUAUCAGCUCGGCCUUAAUAAAAAUAAGACCAUCUUAUUAUCUUACAUUGAGGUUGAGAAUCCAUUUUAAGGUCCUCAACUUUAAGGUAUUUAGGUAGACGCUUUGGAACAAGUCGACGCGUCUCUUUAUACGGAAUAAGGGCGUUUGAUUCCUUAAAUUUACCGCGAUUGAAGAAAAAUGUCCGGCCAGACUUUGACGGACCGCAUCGCCGCGGCGCAGUACAGCCUCACGGGAUCCGAGGUGGCCCGUGCUGUGUGUAAAGCGACCACUCAUGAGGUGAUGGCUCCCAAGAAAAAACAUCUCGAAUACUUGAUCCAGGCAACCCAGGACUCCAAUGUCAAUAUUCCUCAGAUGGCAGAUACCCUCUUUGAGAGAGCGGGAAAUGCCAGCUGGAUUGUGGUCUUCAAGGCUUUGGUCACCACUCACCACCUGAUGGUCAAUGGCAAUGAGAAAUUCGUCCAGUUCUUGGCCUCCAGGAGCACCCUUUUCAAUCUUAGUAAUUUUUUGGACAAAACUGGCUCUCAUGGUUACGACAUGUCAACAUUUAUUAGGCGAUACAGCAAGUACCUGAACGAGAAGGCUUUUUCCUACAGACAGAUGGCUUUUGACUUUGGCCGAGUGAAGAAAGGUGCUGAUGGUGUGAUGAGAACAAUGUCUACAGACAAGCUGUUGAAAGGCAUGCCCACACUGCAGAGUCAGAUCGACGCUUUGCUGGAGUUUGAUGUUCAUCCAAAAGAUCUUGUCAACGGAGUAAUCAACUCUAGCUUCCUGUUGCUCUUCAAAGAUCUGAUCAAGUUGUACGCCUGCUACAAUGACGGGAUCAUUAAUCUCUUAGAGAAAUUUUUCCAGAUGAAAAAAGGGCAAUGCAAAGACGCAUUGGAAAUUUACAAAAGAUUCUUGACAAGAAUGACCAGGGUCUCAGAGUUCCUUAAAACUGCUGAGCAAGUUGGAAUCGACAAAAAUGAUAUACCCGAACUUACCCAGGCCCCUGAGAGUCUGCUGGAAUCUCUGGAGACACAUCUCAACACGCUAGAGGGGAGAAAAGUUGAUGAGUCACCGACUAAGAAGGGAUCUCCAACAAAUAACGGAACACCUGGUGGUACACCUGCAAAAAUAGCAGAACCCACCGCUGAAGCAGCUACAGUUACUGAGACCACCGCAGCUGAGCCUGCAAAAGCUGCACCGACUACAACCACCACCAAUAGUGGCUUCAGUAAUCUUGUGGAUUUCGAUCUGUUGGCGCCAAGUGCAGGUGCUUCAGCGGCUCCCACAGCAUCAUGGGGAGAUCUACUUGGUGAGGACUCUCUAGCUGCUCCUGCCACUAGCUCUGAAGCACCCCUCUCUGAGGCUGACUCUGCUUCUGCAGUUCCCCCAGCCUCUGCUGCCGCAGCUACCGAACCAGCAGCUGAUGCCAACGCUGCCCCAGCCACUACCUCGCUGCCAGUGCCUGCCCCUUCUUCCACUGUCUCAGACAUGGACCUGUUUGGAGACGCAUUUGCCCCCUUCCCAGGCGAUGGUCUGAGCGAUGGUAUGGCCCCAGCAGCUGCUGCCGAUGCAUGUGCCGGAUCUGACCCCUGGGCCCCAUCAGAGGGGAGUUCGAGCAUUGCUCCAGAGCUGGACCUCUUUGCUAUGAAGCCGGUAGAGAGUGUCUCUGCUGCAGCGUCCCCUACCAGCGCUGAGCCGAGCAUCUCACCAACAGCAGCUCCUGCUGCACCCUCUCCUCCCUCCACCACUACCACAUCCUCUACAAUUGAGCCUGUGGCCCCACCAACACUAGACCUGUUUAGUGAUAUGUUUGAUUCUAUGCCUGAGCAAAGCUCCUCCACAGAGCCCAAAGCAACCACUCCUAGCGUAGACCUUUUUGGUGCAGAUCUUCCUGCUGUCUCUUGUGGACCCUCACCUUUUCCAGAGGCCAGUGUGACUGGUGACCUCUUGUCUGAUGCAUUUGUUGCUCCAGCUAUUGCUCCAGUGGCUACUACAACCGCUGCUCCUGUCUCCCCUCCUAAACCUGAGCCUGGACUUGUGCUAGAUCUUCUUGACACAUUUGGGGACACCACUGGGGAUACCCUGUCCACUGCUCCUGUAGCACCAUUGUGUGACCUGCUUGGGGGGUUGAUUUCACCAGUUGCCCCCAUGGUUACACCAACCCCAGCACCAGUGCCAGCUUCAGCACCUGCUGACCUGCUGGAUUCAGAUUUUGAUGCCUUUGUCUCCAUACCGGUAUCUGCAACGCCAGCAGCAUCAGACAGUGCCCCUGCCACUGUGGCACCCUCUGGUGGCUUUGAUGCUUCAGUGUUUGACGGAUUAGGAGACCUUCUAAUGCCAUCUAUAACACCUCAGAGUACAGGCGGGACCCCUAUGGCUUCAACGACACCAGUGGCAUCUGGAAUUGUGCCUGCUGCUGGGCUAUCGAUGGCACCAGCAAUGGUACCGGCGAUGGUACCAACAAUGGCACCAGCAGCAGCUGCCAAACCUAUUGGAGGAGACUUAGACUCUUCACUUGCUGAUCUGGUUGGAAAUUUGGGGAUGGCAAGCCAAAAGAAAGAAAACCAGUGGAAUGAGAAGAAGCUGACUGGAGGUGCUAACUGGACCCCUCAGGUAGCUCCCACUAGCUGGGGCACACCUGGUGCUCAGAUGCCUGGCUCUGCCCCUGGAACCUCAGGAGCUGCCGCCCCACCAGGAGCCAUGGCACCAGUAAUGGGAGCACAGCCAGGCUUUGGCAUGCCCCCAGUAGCAGGAGUCGGAGCUCCCAUGAUGCCCCAGCCUAUGAUGAUGGGUCAACCAAUGAUGAGACCCCCAUUUACAGGGCCAGCAGCAUCAGCAACACCUGGAGUACCAUUGUCUCCUGGGCCAGCUGUUCAGAGCCCCAAAAAGCCUCCCUCCAAGGACCCCCUUGCAGAUCUCAACAUCAAGGACUUUUUAUAAUCUCCCAGUAUUCUUUUCUCAGAGAUUGAGCUCUACUGAGAGAGGUCUGCUGUCUGUUUACACCCCCAGAUGCCCGAGGAGCCCACUGCUAGAUCCACUGACCCUGCCCCAAACAUGAAUCCAACCCACUCUUCCCAACCCAACCUUCCUGUGUCAUGUUGUAGCAAUGAACUGUGAAUUUAAUCAUAAAAAAUGAAAGAAAAACAAGCCAAGAAAUUAAGAUAUGCUUAUUUCGAUGUCAUAAUUUGUUUAGCGAAACAGAACAAAACUACUUAAAAACAGAUAAAAAAAGAUUGUGUAUGAAUGUCAAAAUUUUCCAGUGUUUAAAUCUGAAAUGAAUGAUGUUUUGGUCUCCUCAAAAUCACUUCUGGUACCUCUGGGACUGCCCUCUUGGGGUCAAAGAUGUGGCAAUCUGCCCUGAACACGGUUGUUCCAGCGCUUUCUGUUGUAUGUUAGUUUUGGAACAGUGUGCAAUGUAUAUUAUCCUCAUUAAUGAAGCAAAGAUCUCCCCUCUUCUCUGAUCUUUAUGUGUGGACAACUUAUUGAUGUGAACCUGGUAAUGAAAUUAUAAGAAGACAUGAUGUUGUUAUCUAUCAUCAGCUGACAUGUAUGUUUACAAAUAUAAAUAAAUUAAAUAUAUACAUUGUGUAUAUAUAUAUAUUGAAUAGAUUAACAAAUAUGUUUUAAAUUAAUAACAUAUCCAAGCUCCUGUUUCCUAGAUGAACCUCUGGAUGAUUACAUGUCAUUUCUGUAUUUUGAUUGAUUUGGUCUGUCAUAUAUUUUUUUACUUUACUUUAAUUCUUCCUAUGUAUUUUCAGUUCUCUGUUUACAUUCUCAUACAUCUCUGGAUUUAAUAACCUCCUUAUUUUUUUUACUUUAAAACCAGAUGAACACUUAACUUCAACACAACUAAUCUCAGAUGAAGUUUUUCAGUCAUUUAAUGAUGUAACCAAUAUGUACAGUACAGCAACUUGUUAAACUGGUUAUCUGGAUGUUUCCGAAAACCUCCUCAAGAUCUUACAGUUGUAGUCAGUGGAAUGCUGUUGAUGUUUGAGUGUCUUAUUUACUUGUGCUUGUAUGAAUUCCAAUUUGAAGCUGGUACAUGUAGUGUUAUUUUGUAUAACUGUACAAGAACCAUUCACAAGUUUGUUUUUCAGUCUUAUCCUAAGAACCCCUACUACUCCUAGUUUGUUACAUGUAACUGUAAAAUAAUGCUCUCUCUGUUGGUGAGUGGUGGUAGUGUAGUUUGUACAGCAGAAUGGAGUGUGGAGGAGAUUUCUUGUAUGGAUGGAGUGUUGUGUUUCAUUCUGGAUAAUAAAGGGGCAUUGGUGCACAUGCUGGGUAUUAGCAGUGAUAGACUCUUAGAUCUUUGUAAUAGUUUUCAGAGGAGGUCACUGUUAAACAGUGUUACAAAAAGGUUUGAUUGACAGCUCUGUAGAACCUCUACACUCUGUAACUCACUAUCCAAGAUAGAUCUCUGUAUUCUGUUGUCAUUGAAAUGACAAAGGCAGAUCUUUGGAUCACUCUUAUUUCAAUUCUCUUAAAAUACAUUUAUUUUGAUUUAUGGCUUCAUAUUUGACACCCCUACAUAGUGCAUGCCAAGCCCUUUGAGAUGCAAUAAACACACUGAUGGGAUGAAUUGCCAACCCGAGUUCUUUG